AUGGCCUCGAGAAGGACAACUGUCCUGCAGAAACGGUCCCUAGACUCCCUACUGGCCAUCAGGCCAUACCAGCAACUAAGAUGGAAUAAAACUGCUACAGCAGUGACUACCGAACCACACACCCUCCAACAAGCCCAAGACCGUCUCGCCCGCCAACGUCUGCGUCGCCCCGUCUCCCCCCAUCUCCAAAUCUACAAAUGGCAGGUUCACUCCGUCUCCUCCGCGAUGGAACGCAACACGGGCCUCCUCUUCUCGGGCAGCCUGUACCUCUUCGGCAUGUCGUACCUCGUCAGCCCGAUGCUGGGGUGGGAUCUGUCGGCGGCCAGUCUGGUGACGGCCGUCGCGGCGUGGCCUGUCGCCGUGAAACUGGGCGUCAAGUUCGCCCUCGCCUGGCCGUUCACCUUCCACGUCAUCAAUGGCAUGCGGUACCUCGCCGUCUCGGGGGCAAAAACUAUCGAUAACAAGGCCAUGUUCGUCCGGAUUGCGUGGGGGGUUGUCGCUACGAGUUUCGUCAGUGCGGUCGGGCUGGUGGCUUAUUUUUAA